CCACUCACAGAUGGCGGCAGGUUAGAGUGAGGGCGGAACUGAGCUUAUUUCAUACGGGUAUUAUUCAAAUAUACAUUUGGAAAAAUGAACAGUGGCUGACUCUUAAUUUCCGCCUUCCUUCUGACACGAGAAUGUCGUGAAGUGAUCCUGACCUUGACCGGAUGAGCCUCAAAAUGUUGGAGGUUCUAUUUGAGACCAAUGCCCAUCUAUGCUGAAAGUUUCAUGAAGAUUGGUCCAGCUGUUUUCCUGUAAUGUUGCUAACAAAGAAACCCCACCAAAAACAAUACCUCGCCCCCUGCUGGACUCUGUCCUGGGCAAGAUGAAUUAGAAGACUUCUAAGGAUACCAUCUUUGCUUUCUUCAAAUUUAAAAUGCAAAGUAACCUCAGGCAGCACAUCACCUCUUUGGUGAAUGACAUAAUUCCACUUGGUGGUCCAUCACGUCACAGAGCUGGUGAUAGAGGAAGAGCUCACCCAGUGCCACAAUCUCAGGAAACAAAUAAAAAGCAUGCACACACUCUGAAACCUUUAACACCACUCUCACAAUGCACACCUCCUCAUAAAACUUCUGUCUCAGAAAGAAGGAAUGUACCAAUGAGAAAAGUACAAUUUAACAACAACAACAACAACCACCACUUAAAUAAUGAUGGAUCAUGCCAGUCUGCUGGUAAAAAAGAUGCUCCUUUACAAAAACAGGGUUCAUAUGACGAACAGAAAGAGUUUGCCCUUGCUUUCUGUAAGCAGCUGAAUGAGAAUUUGAAGGUUGGAAAGCCUGUGUUGCCGAUAGGGAACACUCAGAAUAAGAUGCCUUCUGUGCACCCUCCUCUCAUUUCCUCUUCUGUGUCUAAGAGCCAUAAAGCACCAGCUGCACCAGACUCUCAGAAAAGACCGAGUCUUGACAGUAAUGUAAAUCAGCAAAGCCAGCAGUCUGGUGAAAAGAUGGACAAACCAAUCGAUCGGGAUCACAGCUCAUCUUCGCUUAGCCAGGGAGAAAUCAUGCACCACCAGGCAACUACACCAGCAGGUGGUAGAUCUUUGUCCUUGAAGAGACAAAGAGAAUCCAGCACAGAAAGACAUGGGGAGGGCAAGAGAUUGUGUCAGGGAGAAGUUGGACUUGCCCCACCUUCUUCUAGUGGUAGUUCUUCCCAUUUCAGUUCACCACCAAAGUUUAUCAAACGUGCCUUCUUGAAGACAGUUGAUGAAACUGUGCUGACUCUAAAUGAGAAAUGCUCCCCAACAUUAAAUAGUUUUACUGGCGACAGGAUAAAGGCUUCAGACAAUGUAGUGAAACAACUUUUUCAAGAACCAAGUGCAGAAAGUCAUAAACUCCAGACAGCAACUCUGAGCACUAUGGUUCAUGGAAUAAGUCCUCAAAAAGAAGAGACGAGAAAGUCUACUGAAAGUAAAUGUCUUGUAGGUAACUCAGCCACUGCUGAGCCUUGCCCCUCGCUUUCCAGCAAACUUAACCAGAAACAGGUAGAAGGUGGGUCCCCUGUCUCUUCACACACAAGUUCCUUACCAGGCCUUAUGGAUAGGUUUGAGAUUAGUGGUUCUCUCCAACAACAAAAAGUUUCUUCACCCACCACUCUGGACGUCAUGGACUCCCACAAUUCAAAGACCAUUACCAGAGCCAAGAAGGAUGUAGAAGAAAGAGACCUGGUGUGGAAGGAUCCUCUAGAUUUGGAGUUGGGGGAGGAUGUGAUGUUGGAGAACUAUGCUUUCAGCCUCAGCAGCAGCCAUAGUAGUGAGGAAGAUCAUCUUCUGUCUUUGAAGGAGAUCAUGGAGCGCAGCACCCGUGUCCCUGUAACUCCAGAGAAGGCAACGUUCUCUGAGCCCAGCACUCCAGGCCCUAAAGUUGCUCCAGAGGAGCUUAAAAAUAAGGUGACAAGUUACAAAAACACACUGGAGCAAAUGCUGAAGGAGAAGGAGCAGAAUCGAAAAUCUAAGGAGCUUGAAAUGCAGCUGCUUCAAGGUUGUAAAGAAGACCUGUUAAAACUGGAUGAAGAGGAUGAAAAUGCAGAAGAAGAACUUUCACAUGAGCAAAGGGAAUUCUUACAGAGAUUCUCAGUUACCUCAUGUGUCAUAAGAGACAUCCACCCUGGAGAGGAAGUGUUCACUCUCACCAACUCUGGCCGACUCUUCAACCAUCAGAAUCUGGACUUGAGGAAGAUGGAUGUGACCCCAAACAACAGAGCACAGCAGACUCUGCUACAAGCACAUUCAGAACAGCUUCUGCUGCUGCUGAGCGCAGGCUUGUUUAGAAGAGCCUACUCAUCCUCCCCCUGCCAACCUCAGGUCACCCGCUGGCUUUUUCAGAUGAUGUCAGUCCACCCAAACCCCAUUGUCUGUGCACAGAUUCUUCAGGCCAUGACGACGAUUGCCUUAUCUGCCGCUCAACAAAUAGUGGAGAAAAGCAAUAAGAAGUUUGAGGUGUGGGUGCCCAGUAUCCGGGAUGUUGCACUGGUCUUCCUCAACAUGGGUGUGUCAUUUGUCAAUUUGUUUCCAUUGGAGGCUCUGCAACCCCCUUUUACUGAGGGAGAUCUGCUAGAGAGUUUGGAAAUCCGGCCUGAUGGCACAAGAAGUGAGAAAAAAGAUGACACGUUUCCAGAGCACAAUUUUGAGAACAUUAUCAAGUACCUGGCAUUAUGUGCAGCCUUAUGUCCAAAAGUGUACAGUGAUGAGGAGCUGCUGUUGAUGAUAACAGUGGUGUGUAGAGUCAGUUUGGAGACACAUUUACAGCUUCUGCCUACUGGAGACCUCAGCUGCCUGCUACAGCACCUCCUCAACAAUAUGACACAGUGGGAACUGCAGUUAUCUCAGGUUUGUCAGGCCAUAACCAAUCUGAGUGAGGAUCACCACAACCUCAGGCGGCUGGUCCAGCUUCUACCUCACAGUGGCCGGGGAAAGCAAUUGAGGAGACACUUGAGUGUGUCAAUCAUCUCUAAACUGUUAAACCACAGAUGCACUUAUACACCCUCAUGUACAGAAUUUCAGCUAUCUGAUCUGAGAAGUUAUCUAUCUCGAAUGCGUCCCUCCUUGCUGUUAAAAGGCUUAAUGGCGUCAAAGACCACAGAGUUACAGGAGACUGAUGACUGUGCCACCACUCCAGACCAACAGGCUUAUUACCUCUGCUACAGCCUUUUGGCUUUGACAAACGAAGCCUCCAAUUUUGAGUUUUUACCCUCAAAACAGAGAAACGAGCUGCUGCUACUGUCUGCUGAGCUAGAGAAACACGUUAAGUGUGACAUCAGGGAGAGUGAGAAAAUGCUUUACAGGAGUAAGGUGAAAGACUUUGUUGCUAGAAUAUACACCAAAUGGCAGGUGCUUCUCCAAAGAUCAAGACCCCAGGAGGGAAAGCUAUAUGAUUACUGGAAACCUCUUCCUGAGGAUGAAAUGCCCACAAAGAAAGAGAGCCAAAUCAAUGAGCAGGGAGACAUGGAGGAGUCGCUGAGCGAGGAGUCUGACAUUGUCCACUCGGAUGAGGAAGAGUGCAUGGAGGAGAAAUUUGACGUGCCAGUGGAGAGUGAGGAGAAGCCAGAUGACAGUGCUGAAAAGAUUCAAGAGAAGCAUGACGAGUUUCAGGAGGUUUUGCCUGACAUAAAAGAGAAAGAAAGCUUGAUAAACCUGGAUAACAGUGAUGCAGAGGAGCUGAAAGAUGAUGUAGCUAUAGAUGAAGAACUACUAGGAGAAAGUUCUGAAGGGUCAAUAGAGAAUGAUGAGGAUGAAGAUCUCAUUAAAAGAGAAGAAGAGCUUCUCAAAGACGAUGAGUCUCUAGAUAGAAAUGGAGAUCUUGUGGGUGGAGAAAAUGAUGAGCCUGAGAAACUAGAACUUUUAGGGAAGCACGCAGAUGUUUUAGAGAAAGCAAACGAGGAGUUACUUUUAGAUGAAUAGAAUCAUUUAUUGACAUCUGGCUAAGUGAUACAGGAAAGUGGAGCAACCAUAGCCAAUGUUAUAUGAAAGGACAUAUAAAUGUAGAAGGAAGCCUCACACAGAGUUGAAGCUAUGCAGUCCUUAGAAUCUGUAAAUUAGUUGAGAGCCAGUUUCCCGAUUUUCACACUUUAGGGAAUUUUAAGCUAUCAGUCAAUUUAUUCAGUUGUAGUUCUUGGUACAGCUGUACCAGGCAUUUACUUGCUUGGUUCAAGUCACUGUGCUAUAGUGUGAAAGAAUACCUAUUCUCUAACACAUUUGUACAUAAAAAAAAGCAUGAUGCACUAUACUGCCUUAAAAACCCUGUAGAGAGGGCUGUUUUCCUUAUUGAGUCACUGGCACAAGGUUUCUCAUCUUCAAGCUGCUGAUAUCAUACUGUUUUAUUUAUGUUUUGCUCUUUUACAACUGCAAAUAGAUACACAAAUAGUGAUGUGCAUGAAGAUAAAUUUUAAAGCACCUUUUUUACAUCAUAAUAAAAAUAUUUUUAAUGGACAAAUAAUU